GGAAGUCAGAAAGCAACAGUUCACGCUUGGCGAUAAUGGAAAAAAAAUGAAGCUCGGACAGAAGUUCCUCUGAUUUGAGUGAAACUCACAGCAGAAGCUUUUUUAUGGGAAACAAAGCAGUUCAGUUUGUAGUUUUGUGUCUGAUCAGUGGCCUGAGAGCUGAAGACGGAGGAUGGUCGCGGUCUUCAGAGCUCAGGUUAGAAGAUGAAGGUCUCUGUAACAUCGAUGUUCUGGAAGGAUCGGAGCUGUCACAUCAGGACUUCAUUAACAGAUAUGCUUUCAGCAGACCGGUCAUCCUCCGAGGUCUCACCGACAACACCAAGUUCAGGUUUUUGUGCUCCAAGCCAAGCUUGCUGGCAGCGUACGGGUCCAUGAAGGUGAGGCUCAGCACCGCCAACACCCACUCAUAUAGGAAAGUGGAUGUUUCCUUCCAGCACUAUGUGGACGAAUUGCUGAGGCCUCAGGCUGCAGAUGCUCUUGGCAGUGAAACUCUGUAUUUUUUUGGAGACAACAACCUGACAGAGUGGCAGAAUUUGUUUGAUCAUUAUGAAUCUCCGCCGUACGUCCUGCCGCGCACCAGCGGAGCGUACAGCUUUGGGAUUGCAGGUCCUGGAACGGGGGUCCCUUUUCACUGGCAUGGUCCGGGAUACUCAGAGGUCAUCUACGGGAGGAAGCGCUGGUUCCUUUACCCGCCUGAGAAAGAGCCUCACUUCCAUCCAAACCGGACCACCCUGUCGUGGGUGACAGGCACGUAUCCCAACCUGCCGGAGGACGAGGCUCCGCUGGAGUGCACGAUCCGACCCGGAGAGGUUCUGUAUUUUCCUGACCGCUGGUGGCACGCCACCCUGAACCUGGACACCAGCGUCUUCAUCUCCACAUUCCUGGGAUGAGCUCGGAGUUCUGACAAACCUCCAGGGUUCUGUCCCGUCUCAGACUAACGGGAAGGAAAACUGUAGUUUUCCUCCAGGGGCACAGCCAGCUGACAUUAAUGUCAUUUAAACCAGAUUUUGUUUGUGUGUAUUUGGUGGAUUAAUGUUCAAUCUUAUUUCCCUACAUGAAUUUAAUAGGAAGAUGUUUUUAAAGGACUCUGUACCAAAUGUGUGGAGAAUAUAGGCAGAAACUAGCCUGGCAAGCCAGACUAAAUAAUACAUUUAUUUAGUCUGAUUUGGUGUCAUUUUCACUACAUGCAGCAUUCUUCUUAACACAGGUCAUUACAUCAUCUUUUGCAGUAUUCUUCAGUUUCUCUCCAAUGUUCCCGAGAGGGCUUCUGGAUCUGAUGGGCUUGUCUUCACUCUGUUCUCCUCCAAUCCCAUCUUUCCAAGCCAGGGGUGGAUCCAGGAGUGGGGCCAGCCAACCUGACCUUUUGCCCAGUUCUGUCCUCUUGUCCCUGUGACCCUUGUGUGACCCUUGUUUCUGACCACAGUUUUUUGACCUGCAGCCCAGCUCCUGUCGGCUGGCUGAUUUUGCUCGCACAAGCCAGUCCAGUGUGGCUCACCUUUUGACCCCGUACUUGCCACUGUCUUUGGCAUGUGGGGACUCGCAACAAGAGCUGGGUCAAAGGUCACGCCAAGAUUCCUGACAGAAGGUUUGGUGUGGGAAGCAAGCUGACCAAGAGAGUCUCUGACUUUGGGAACCAGCUUGUCUGGGGCACAGAUGAGGAUCUCAGUCUUAUCUUCAUUCAGCUGAAGAAAGCUCCCAGCCAUCCAGGUUUUGAUAGAGUCUAAGCAGGUGUGUAACAGCUGCAGCUUAGACAUCUCAUGGGGCUUAAAGGAGAUGUACAGUUGGAUGCCAUCUGCAUAAAGAUGGUAGGAGAUUCCUUUGAAGGAGCUCAGGAUGUGCUGAAGAGGAAGCAGAUAGAGGGAGGAAGACUAGAGGCCCCAGCACAGAACCUUGUGGGACACCAUGGGUAAGGGAGGUGGUGGAGGACCUAAACUUGGAGAUGGCGACAGAAAAGGAGCGCUCAGAGAGAUAAGAGGAGAACCACUCCAGAGCAGAUCCUGAUAGGCCUACCCAGUCUCUCAGCCUCUCCAGUAGCAGGUGAUGGUCAACAGUGUCAAAGGCUGCAGUCAGGUCCAGCAGGACCAGAACAGAACAGUCCCCUGCAUCACUGUGAGUCAGAAGGUCAUUAGAGACCCUAAGAAGAGCUGUUUCAGUAGAAUAAGCUCUAUGAAAACCCGACUGGAAGCUAUCAUAGAUGUUAUAUUCAUCAAGAGCAGCUGUGAGUUGUUUAGCCACAACCUUUUCCAAGAUCUUGGAGAUGACGGAAGUUUAGAGAUGGGUCUGAAGCUGCUAUGGAGAGAGGGGUCGAGACUCGGUUUUUUAAGAAGCGGGUGGAUUACAGCGUUCUUAAAGUAAGCAGGGACCUGACCAGAAACCAGAGAAGCAUUAAUUAUAGAGAGCACACUGGGACCGAUGGACUGAAAAGCACUUUUAAACAAAGAUGAGGGUAAGAUGUCGAGGGGGCAUGCAGAGGUCUUCAUAGAGUUAACUAGUUUGGUUAACUCAGGCAAAGAAACAGGAGCAAAGCUAUCUAGGAUGACGGGCCUGGUUGGAGUCGGGAGAGGCAGCAAUAAGGCUGAAGGAGAGAUGCUAGAUCUAACCUUAUUGACUUUGUCCACAAAGAAAGACAGAAAGUUCUCACAGUGUAACAUGUACUGUUUAACCAUGAAAUUUAAAUGUAAUAGGGUAAAACCCAGUGCAUUUAACAUAAUGCUGCACUUUAGAAAAUGGGUUGAAAUAUAACAUGUUGGUGGAGCUGGGUUCCGACUAUCGGCUUGUGGAGCUCUCGGGAGACCUCUGUUUUCCACCCGGUUCUCCCCUCCUCGCAGCUCGGCGCAUCUCUGUCUGAUCGCGGCUUCUGUCUGCUGUGCGGGCUGCUGGCUUGUGGAGCUCUCGGGAGACCUCUGUGUUCCACCUGGUUUUACCCAGCGGUCAGCCCGGCGUAUAUCUGACUCAGAAGCUCUGGUGUUGUGCACAGUUAACUCCUGUUGUGGCUAGGUUGCUACCUCCGUUAGCUUAGCUCCCACCUCCGCGUUAGCUUUGGGUUAGCUUCAGGUUAGUUUGUAGCUAGUUCGACCGGGUGUCGUCAGUUGAUCCCAGCCUUACAGCCCCACCCUCAGCUCCACCUCUCUUCCCUUUUGUGGAAUUGUCUGGGCUUGACGGAACCUGUGACACAGUCAAAAUGGCGGUGGUGGCCACCUCCCAUUUCCCCUCAAAAACGUGUUAUUGGAGGCUAUGGAAACCCAUUGUCCAUAUAUGUAUAUGCCGAUGUCCAGCACCGGUACUGUGGCAACUGAGCGUAAACUUCUGAUCCCCACAGCCUGGAGUCACCUGGUGCCAUUUAAAGUCACCAAACGGGCCACCGUUGAUGUGAACAUCAGACAGCUCAUUCAGUCAACCAUAACAGAAACAGACUCGCCUGACAGAAGCCUUUUCCUCUAUAUCAGGACCAGCACACAUCAUUUUGGUUGUGAUUAAACCGUAAGCAGCAUUGCGCUCAGUGUUGUGCACCACGGGAACGUUCCCCUCCUCCAGAGUCUGGGAGGGUUAAACAUGGAAAAUAAAAAUUAUUUUGCAAAAUUAAAACAUAACAAAAUAAAACAAAAGUCAUGUUUUACUAAAUUAAUUUUAUUUGUUUUAAAGAUAAAAUAAAAUUAGGUUUUUUUUGGUGAUUAACAUCCCUUUCUGUUUUUUAGUUUCAGACCAGAAGACUUUCUGCUCAUGUUUUACUUAUUUAAUUUCAGAGAAUGGAAGAGGCUGUAGUAGCUGGGACAGUGACUAAUGCUAAUAGAAUCAGUAUAGGGCAGAGCGUUCCCCCAGCCACUCACCCAACAGCUCAACCCGCCAAAGAAGAAACUUUCCUCUGUAGCCAAGCAGAUCAGAUGUAGGUGAUCAUCAUAGAGGACAGCUGGAGCAGGGCGAUGUCACCUUCAUCAGGUGAUCUAGGUGGACUAUCCUCUCACCUGAAGCAACGCUUAAAAAGCAACUGCAAGCACUUUCAAACAGACUUGAAUCUGCACCGAAGGGCCUUGAGUGUCUGUUAGUGCACCCGUCCCCCCUCUCUACUGUCCACUCCUUGUUCCUUCCUCUCCAUGACUGAUGUCAAGUUGUUGUUGUUGUUGUUAGCCUCUAGGGCAACAUGCCGAUUAUCACUUGUAUGUUGCUUUGGACAAAAGCAUCUGCUAAAUACAUAAACAUAAAACUAUUGGAACACUGGUGGAGCUAGCAUCUGAUACAAAUUACAUCAAGGCUGCUGACAGGUUGAAGUUACAAAGUGAAAAUGUGACAUUAGUGAUGACACUUUAGAGUGGGUGGAAUGACUUUGGAUGUGGAGACGGAAAGAUAUCUUCUCAGGUCAGAACAAAGACACCUACCUGACACCUGCUUCAUCGGUGGGCCACCCAUGACACCCGCUGGUGACUGAUGAAGCAGGUGUCUAGUAGGUGUGGACAGAUACAUGACCUUGUCUACGCUACUCCAUGAUGGUGAAACAUCUUUGUUUUCAGGUCAUGUGAGAGUUGUUUACAGACCCCCAUGUUACUACUCUUUAGACAAUAUUCAAAGAAGAGGGAAACUUACAAUUGCUCCCCUUAAGUACUAUUUCUCACAACAGGAUUCACCUGUGUUCCCAUUCCCAAAUUUAUGUACCUGCAUAAUUUUGUUUAAACAAUUGUUUCACACUUUCUGUAAAUCCAAAACUUUGUUUCACUUCUCAAAUAUCACUGUGUGUCUCCUAUAUGAUGUAUUUAACUGAACAUUUUUUGUAACAACCAAUGGUUUAUACAGGAGAAUCAUGAAGAGUAACAAGGCUGCCCAAACUUUGGCACCCCACUGUAAAUAAAUAAACAAAUUGCCUGUUGUAAAAACAA